AAUAUAAAUUCCAAUUUCUUUUCAAUUCAUUUUUUCCAUGUUUUGACGUUUAUUUUUGGUGUUUUGAUUUUUGAUUUUUGGGUUUUUAAAUAUGAGCAAUGUACCAAGAAAUGAUAGCCAACAAUCAUCUUCGAAUAAAAGUGAUGAUGACCAACAACAACAACAACAACAAUAUGAUACAGCCAGGUCACUAUCAAUGGAAAAUAAUCAACAACAAGAAGAAGAAGAAUCAUUUUCAUUAACCAAAUCGGCUAUUGAUGAUCUACCAUCAACGGCUGUACAAUCAAUACAUAUUGAAGUUGCUGAUGGUCAACCAAGUUUAGCUGAAAAUGUUGAUGAAGAAGUAUUUCUAUGGAAAGAACAUAAAAUAAAAUUAGCUAAAUUACGUAAUAAACAACAACAACAACAACAAAAAUCAUCUGGACAACAACAACAACAAACCUUAAAUCGAAUUGGUAAACAAAGAUCAAUGACAAAACAACAACAACAACAACAACAACAAAGAAUUGCAAUGAAACAAUCAUCAUUACAAUUACAACAACAACAACAACCGAUACCAAAACGAAAUCAAUCACAACAACAGAUUAUUGAUCAAUGUCGUAGUGGACAACGAAUUAAUAAUCAGCAAAAAUUUUUAGCAAAAAACAAAGGUGGUGCAACAAGUGGUGCAGGUGGUCAAAAAUAUGAUAAUCAAAAAAUGAAAAUGAAAAAACAAAAAUGAAUUUUUUAAAAUUUU